AUGCAGCUGCCGCCAGCGUCAGUCAUACUGAGCUGGCCGACCCCCAACUAUGACGACCCAGUAACGCGAGGGCCAGCGCUUGUCAUAGUCAAUGCUAUCUUCAUAUCACUAACAUUCCUCAUUUUGUUCGCAGUGGGCCUCACAGUUGUUGUCCUCUUAGCGAACAAGUCAUACGGAUGGGAUAGACAUGUUUGGGACAUACCGAUUUCAAAUUUUGUUCCAACAUUCAAAAUCGCUAUGGCGGCCAAGUUAGCCUUCACAGCGGCAGCAACCUUCACUAGGCUCUCGCUCCACUGCUUCUACUACCGUCUGGUCUCGGAUUCAGGAAAAACAUGGUUCAGGUGGCUGGUUCACUUCAACGUUUUCUACACAGUCAGCAGCUUUCUGUCAUUUACCUGCAUCGCGAUAUUCUUUUGCAUACCCGUCAAAAACUACUGGACUCUUGGUGCACCGUCAGAGACCUGCUUGGAUGAAGCAAGUGCAACUCUAAUUGUUGGAAUAAUCAACUGUGUUGCAGAUCUUCUGACAACAGUGACACCCAUUCCUUUGGUAAUGGGAUUACAAAUGCCUCUCCACCAACGUCUAGCCGUGGCCUUUUUCUUUAGCAUGGGUUUCAUAGUAACUGGCGCUGGCAUCGUGCGAACUUGGUUCAUAUAUCGGAGUCUCUUCAACGAGUGGGAUCAAACAUGGUAUGCAUAUCCACUAUGGAUUGCAGCUGCCGUGGAGAUUGAUCUGGGAGUAAUGUGCGCGUCAGCUCCCGUUCUCAAGCCACUGCUCGCGAAGAUACCCUGGAGUCUAUCUGGAGCGCUGACCGGAGGUUUAUCUUUCAAGAAAUCGUCACUUGGUACCUCCAAAACGCUUACGGCCGGUCAAUCAGCAGGCUUCAUGUCAACGCGAAGAUCCGCCGCUCCCCAAAGCAUACCAGAGCUCAUGUCUGACAAAGGACAUAGUUAUGAGAUGAAAAACUGGCAAGAGGCGACACCAGGACAGGUGAACACAGAUCUAGAAAGAGGCAACCAAGAGACGGUUUCCGAAGAGGAGGAAAGGUCAAAGGAUGGCGUGAUGCGCUGGCUACAAAAACUUCGACCAAACUGCACAGCAACAAACAAGGAACAGGAAAUGACUAUUACCUUGACCAGCCAAGUGGAGCUGAAGAGCGAACCUGCAGUAUCGCGCGAUGGUUCUCCGAGCCGGUACAAGUCGUUUCACGAGAACCAUAUGCCGCUUCCAGCAUCGAUACCUGAAAGAGCUACACCGACCGACGAUCGAAUAAAUCCAAUAGCUGAACAUGACAGCGGUAGAGCAAAAUAA